CCCUCGCGCGCCUGAGCCACAGCUGCCUCACCCGCCGCCAUGGGGAAGCCGCGCUUCCAGGGCCGCCGCCCCCGCGCCAGCCUCAACCCGUCGCGCUCCAGCACCAACCCGGAUCGGCCGGCCGGCGCCGGAGGCCACAACAUGAGGGACCGCGCCACCAUCCGGCGCCUCAACAUGUAUCGACAGCGGGAGCACCGGAAUAAUUAUGGGAAACUGGUCCGACCACUUGAGUUCCAGUCCACGGUGGCGCCAGGCACCGUGGCCCGCGUGGAGCCCAACAUUAAAUGGUUUGGAAACACACGUGUGAUCAAACAGUCCUGUCUCCAGAGAUUCCAGGAGGAGAUGAAGACGGUGAUGAAGGAUCCUUAUCGAGUGGUCAUGAAACAAAGCAAGUUGCCCCUCUCUCUGCUCCAUGACAGGAUUAAACCACAUAACUCCAAAGUCCACAUUCUUGAUACAGAAACCUUUGGAACAACCUUUGGUCCAAAAUCACAGCGGAAACGACCAAAUCUCCUGGCAAGUGAUAUGCAGUCCUUGGUGGAAAAUGCCGUAGCUGAGGCCAGCAACUACAGCCAAGACAAAGACCGGGAUCUGGUGACAGAGGAAACUGGCGUGAGGGUGGAGGUGCAAGAAGAAAUCUACAAAAAAGGACAAUCUAAGCGGAUCUGGGGAGAACUUUACAAGGUGAUCGAUUCAUCAGACGUCAUUGUGCAGGUGUUGGAUGCCAGAGAUCCCAUGGGGACCCGCUCCCCUCACGUGGAGGCCUACCUGAAGAAGGAGAAGCCCUGGAAGCACCUCAUUUUUGUCUUGAACAAAUGUGAUCUUGUGCCCACAUGGGUGACGAGGCGCUGGGUGGCAGUGCUGUCUCAGGAGUAUCCAACCUUGGCCUUUCAUGCCAGCCUCACAAACUCUUUUGGAAAAGGCGCCUUCAUUCAGCUCUUGCGGCAGUUUGGAAAGCUGCAUGUAGAUAAGAAGCAGAUCAGUGUGGGAUUCAUUGGAUACCCCAAUGUGGGGAAGAGCUCUGUAAUCAACACUCUCCGCUCCAAGAAGGUCUGCAAUGUGGCUCCCAUUGCUGGUGAAACCAAGGUAUGGCAGUACAUCACUUUAAUGCGCCGUAUCUUCCUUAUUGACUGCCCAGGUGUGGUGUAUCCCUCAGGAGACUCGGAAACAGAUAUUGUACUGAAAGGAGUGGUUCAGGUGGAAAAAAUCAAGAGUCCAGAAGACCACAUUGCUACAGUGCUGGACAGAGCCAAGCCGGAAUACAUCCGGAAGACAUAUAAAAUAGAGUCCUGGGAAAAUGCAGAGGAUUUUCUGAAGAAACUGGCGCUCCAGACUGGGAAGUUACUAAAGGGAGGAGAGCCUGAUCUGCACACGGUCAGUCGGAUGGUGCUGAACGACUGGCAGAGAGGCCGCAUCCCGUUCUUUGUGAAGCCUCCAAAUGUGGAACAAGAGUCCCAGCCCACAGAAGCUGCCUCAGAUAUGAUUAUAGGCCUCAAUCAAAGCGAGAACCCAGGGAUGAAAGAACAACGUGAAGGACAGGCUGGGAGUGAUGAGUGCUCCAGUACGGUACCAAAAUGGCCUUUGCCCCAAGUGCCACAAAACUAUGAAAAGAUCACGGUGACCUCUCAAUUCUUGGAAGAGGAUCUGGACCCUGUGAAUAUACCGGCUACCAGUGAAACAGACAGUAGUACAGAGGAAGAACAGGAGGAGCCGAGUUCCCCACAUGGGAGGCCAACCUGUGAGGCUAACCCCAGAGGAGAUCCAAAGGUGGUACUUAGGUCCCUGGACGAGAAGAUUGCCAAGUACAAGAGAUUCUUGGAGAAGGCAAAGGCCAGGAGAUUCUCAGCAAUAAGAAUCCCUAAGGGGCUGAAUGAAAAAAUACUUGCAAAACCAGAGUUGGAUUCAGUGGCUGUUGAAACUCAGAAGACUACAGGAAAACGGAAAGAAAGAAAGAAAAGGAAGAUUUCAGAGGGAGAGGAACAGCAGAGUUCCUGCAUCUGCAAGAAACCAAAUUCAAAGGAGAAGAGAAGAGCAGAGCGGCAGCAGCACUCAAAGAAAGUUGGUGUUCGGUAUUAUGAUACUCAUAAUGUCAAAAAUAGAAACAGGAACAAGAGGAAAAUUGACACUGAAGCCCAGAGAUUUACAACCCAAGAUAAAUAAAGAUACAUCUUGAAAUUGUUAUUUUUAAAAAUAUAUUUUCAUUUAUGACAUGAAAACUGUUGGCUACCAUUUAGGAUCCUUACAAAAGACACCAUUGAUGUGAAAACAAUCAAUCAAAACAGCAGAAAGAGUAAGAUUUCUUACUACCUUUGGCUUAUAUGGAUGGUAAAAGAGAAGUUAAUCAGGAUGUGUGAACACCAGUUAAACAUCACAUUUCAGGAGUCAGGGUUAAUUUUAAUGCAUUUUGUACAGCCCUUCGUUUUACAGUUGGGCAGAUUCCUGCAUAGAACUAAAAUACUGUUUUUUUAAAAGCACCUCCAUUAUUUAUCUCCAGUAAAUAUUAAUUGAAAAGACAAAUUCCAAGCCAGUUGAGAUUCUUUUUAAAUGUGCAAGAGACAUUUGAACAGUAUUUGAAUUUAUGUUGAUUCAGAUGAGGUGGAACAGUUUAGAUACACGUAAAUUCUGGACUGUUUCCGAAAAAAUUAUCUACAGCCGUGUUCUCCUUUUCCCCCUCGAGGCACUUUUUGUAUUGGGCUGACAAAGCUUAUUUCUUCGGUGCAAUGAUGCCUUCGAGCUGUGCCUAAAAUGCAGACAAAGCAGUUAAUUAGUGAGGACCACACUGCCUUAUGCCAAAAGAUACAAAACUUCUCCCUGAGAGACUAUGGUGCUUCUGGACAUGAAGGAGAGACACUGCAUCAAAUAUUUUAGCCAUGAACCAUCCUGCAACAGCAUAUGGUUGGCUUAGAAAUUAAAGCAUAAUUGUUAAGUUUGAAAAACAGAAUCCUAAGUGGGCUUUUU